AUGUACUAUCUACUCUUCCAACAGCUCCUCCUCUCCCUCCUCCUCCUCUUCCCACACACCGCUCUCUCCGACCGACCGCCAGGGAAAGACGCCAUCCUCCUCUCGCGCGUCCGGUCACUCACCCUCCGCGGAAACCGUCUCACCACCUCCAGACGAGUAUCUCCAAUCCCGCAGCUAAAAUGCACCGGCCCAUCCAAGCGCAUCUGCAAUAUGUACGAGAUCGAUACAAUGCGAUGCACAAACGAAGGCUACGACUACGAUGAAGAAGACGUCCAAUGGACCUGCACUGCGUCGCUCCCACAGGAAUUCAAGCUCGGAGCUACAGACGUAAUAUGUGAAGGAUACCGGAAUGCCGACGACAAGUGGAUAUUGAAAGGGAGCUGUGGAGUCGAAUAUCGCCUACUGCUGACGGAAGCGGGAGAGGAGAAGUUCGGACACUUGCGCAAUGAGAGAUCGAGCUCUUCGAGUGAUGAGCUUGGUCCCGUAGGCAAAGUGAUCUUCUUUGGGUUUAUGAUCGCCGUUUUUGUGUUUAUUCUGGCAGCAUUCUUCAACGAGUGUUGUGGGUCGGGAGCGAAUCGGCCACAGCGACGACGCCGUGGUGGUGGGGGAGGAGGAGGUGGUGGUGGUUAUGGGGAUGAUGGGCCUCCGCCGCCGUACUCAGCCUCGCCGCCUCCUUAUACUCCUUCCUCGGACCCUAGCGAGCGUUGGAGACCUGGGUUUUGGACGGGUGCCAUGAGUGGCGGGGCGGCUGGUUAUGCGCUGGGAAGAAGAAGCGCUGGGAAUCGGUCUAGUUCGUCAUCUACUUGGACCCGGCCUUCCUCGUCCAGAAGAUAUGAUGACCCUGGGGAGGGUAGCUCAGGAUCGCGCACUCCGCAAUUCUCCAGCAGCACCUCAAGUACCGGGUUUGGCUCAACACGCCGCAGGUAA